GUGGGGGCUCUGUUUCCAGAGGCCGAGGGACCUCUUCCUGUCCACUGGUCCUGGCCUGCCCAGAUGCCCAUGCUCCAGAGGCCUGGAAGGGCAUCGGACCCUUCAAGAUAACGAUUGAAAAAAGAUCAACCAAGCGGCAAAGGCCUUUGUGGCUCUCCGGCUGGGCUGAGUCUCCCAAGAAGGACGUGACAGGUGCCGACACCAACGCCGAACCCAUGAUCCUGGAACAGUACGUGGUGGUGUCCAACUAUAAGAAGCAGGAGAACUCGGAGCUGAGCCUCCAAGCCGGGGAGGUGGUGGAUGUCAUCGAGAAGAACGAGAGCGGCUGGUGGUUCGUGAGCACCUCUGAGGAGCAGGGCUGGGUCCCUGCCACCUACCUGGAGGCCCAGAAUGGUACUCGGGACGACUCAGAUAUCAACACUUCCAAGACUGGUGAUGGUAAGGGCCUGCAGGUUCAAGGGGUGGGGUGAUGAUACAGCUUUCCCACCCUUCUCCCUAAGACCAUCAGAAACUCUGAAAAGACUGGGUCAUGGUCCCCGUACUUCUGCUGGGAGCCCAUCUCCCUGGGGCCAGCCCACAAGCUCACCUCCUAUCCAGGUCUGUCCUCGCUGGUCCUGCAUGGGACUCAAACUAGACUGGAGAUUCUCCUGGGGUCUGGGUCUCAGGUUUUGAUAACUUUGGGUCAGAGACUGGGGAGAACAGUCUUAGGGCUCAUCCUCUAUAGCUCCCUCUCCCCGCAGAAGCCCUAGAUUCCUCUGGGGUUCCCUACCAAUAUCCACCUUUGCCUCUCCCACCCCGCACUGUACUCUCUGUGGCAGGGACGACCCCAAAGGGGCCGUGUGCAUGCCACUUCUGCUGUUCACAGUCUGCUUGGAGGCCGCCCCUUCGGGCACCUGUUAGCCCAGCCCAGGCUGCGGACAUGGUGGGCAGCUGGGGGAGUCGUUUCUCUGUGUUGCCGGAACCCAGGGGUGGCUUCAACUCUUGCACCGUCAGCCUCCCUGAUUAGUUCUGGCCUCAAAAGGUUUUUCUGGGGUUUUCUCUGUUGCGUUUCCAAGAACCCGCCCCUCCCCCGCAGCCAGCACUGGCCUACUCAGCCUGUCCAGUGGACUUGGGUAUUCCCCAGAGCAGGCUGCCAGAGCCCAGCAAGCCUGCCUGCUCCUGGUGACUUCCAAACCUCCCUUGUUCUGGCAGCAGGAAGGCUUGCCCUAACGGCCAGUGAUCGUCCAGUUGGGCACCUCUGAAAGCCAGGGGGAUGGAUGCCUGCCGCCCAGGGCUCAGGCCACCUCCAGGCAUGCCCCUCCCCACCCCCACUCCACACUGCCCAGGCCAAAAUAAGCAGCCCGCCCAGCGCCAGCUCCUUAUUCAUCCUUCCCCCGAAUGUCGGUUACUGGGCAGUUGGAUCCCUGCCCUUCCUCCCCUGUAAGCGCUGCGUUUCAGUCCCUUGAUCAGGGCCACAGCCCCUGCAGUGCCUAUCUGCCUGGUGACAGGUUCCUGGCCCCAUCGGGCAGGGCCGUCAUGUUCAGUCCAGGUGCUCGGUUCUUCCUGGCUGGUCCCCGAGCCCUGGGGCUGAGCCUCUCCUCCAUCUCAUCACUGCAGUGGUGCAGAGUCACAGCCCCUGAGUUGGGUCUGGUCUGUUUUGUCUGUAGUCACUAGGCCUCACCUCCUAUCCAGUUCCACAUCCUGGGGGUCAUCCCAGGGAUUUUCAGAAGUAACCAUCCCUAGAGUGACCUGAGGCCUCACUCACUCCUAGGUGUCUGCCCUGGUACUUUUACCUGGGGACCAGGCUGGGGAGGGCUCUGUCACCAUCUCCAUUUUCCCGAUGCAGGAACUGAGGCUUCAGGAGAUCUAGAUACAUGUCCGUCCUCAUAAGGCUUGAGCCCCUGGUCAGCCUCCCCUGCUGGUGGUCUUCCCACCGUGCUGAACGCCUCUCUGUGAUGCAUUUUGCUUAUGAGCGAUUCUGGGAGAGAGUGUGUAUGGAAUUGGAGCCCCUCCUGAAAAGGUGAUGGCAAGAGAGCCAGAGUGGAGACGUUGGGAGAUGCUGGAGGACCAGGACACCAGUGGGCAGGAAAGAGCCUGAGAGGUUGCGUGGGCACUGAUGCCAAGCUGGUUUGAAGAGAGAUUGGGUGCCUUGCACAGAACAAGCAAUAGCGGGUUGUAAAGACUUCUGACCUCGAUGGAAUAAGAACCAGGCAGCCAGCGCAGGUUCCGCAUUCAGAGGACAUGUGUGGGUGUGUGUGUAUGCACACACAUGGAUGCUCAAGGCGAACCUUCUGAUAAUAGGUUCUGCUGCACGCUUUGAUAGGAUCUGUCUGCCAGUAACCCGGCAACGUUUGGGCAGCUGUGAAUUCCAUCAUCACAUUGUGGGCAUCUACCCCCAGCUCUACGGAAGGGCUCAAGGUUCAGUCCCCCAGCCCAAGGCCCAGCAUCUGUGGUGUGUCUACCAGUCUCUACACUGUCCCCACCACCCUGGUCCCUUCUCAGGCCAUCUCUACCCCGGCCCUGUUGCCACCGCAUUAUAGAUCCCCUGAGUCCUGCAGAUAGAAAUUGGACCCCUUCAUCCCAUCAGAGCUUCCCUAACAGCUCACGUUCCAUGCUUGUGCCUCUGGCCUCCCAUUUCUAGAGUGGGCAGAGUGCCCACUACCUGGGGCCUUUGUGAGAUGGUCUUGGCACCUGGUUUAAACUGGGUAAACAUUACUUAUUGCUAAGGUGGCGCAAGGCUGGGCACUAGCUGAGGGAAGCUCCUCUGCCCACAGAGAAACCAGGUGGACACACCUCGGGAGGUCAGCUGUUCGGGUUCUUCCCAGUGUGACCUCACAUAGGACCUCAUCUCUCUUCCACUAUGCCCACUCAGUCCUUGUCUCACUUCACACCAGGGCAGAUGGUGUCAACCCCAAAGACAGAUGAGGAAACAGAGGCUUACAGAGGGCUGGCGGCCUGCCACGGUGACAUAGUAAGCGGGCAGUGCAGCCUGGACUGAAUCCAUCCCUCAGGCCUCCCGCUUCCAGGAAGCAGGUCAAACAGGCCACUCUCCUGCCUCUGGAAAAACGAGUACUUCCCAGGUGGCCUGGAUGGGGUGUGGUGGGGUGUGUCUGGACAGUUUGAUUCUUAGCUGCCAGCCUUCCUCCCCCAGACCUGGGCAGCCUGCCUGGGGUUGGGAGGGGGGAGUUGACCCACCUGGUGUCCCCUAGGAAGGCAAGGGGGCAUGUGGAGCUGGUCCACAGCAGCCAGAGGACCUGUGUGGACAGGAGGGGUGUGGAGCAGUGAGCGGCUGGGAGGCAGGUCCCCGACUGUCUGAAAUUCAGCGGGCAGAGUGUGGGGCAGGAACACACCCAGGCCUGCAGCAUCCUCCGAUGUCGUGCUUCACUCAGCAACGUUUCAGAGGGGUCAGUCCCCUGCCGAGCCCUGGGGAUGCAGAGAUGUGGAGAUUUAGCCCUCAGCAGAUUUGACCCACUGGGGAUUACUGAAAAAGCAAAGACAAAUGCAACCCAGGAUGGUGAGAAUUUGUCCAAGAGACGCAAGGCCCAUCUGCGGCGCCUGGAUCGCCGGUGGACGCUGGGCGGGAUGGUCAACAGGCAGCACAGCCGAGGUGACCGUGGAGCUAGCUUCUGCUCACCCCCAGCUGCUGCCUCUCUCUCUCUCUCUCACUAAUGCUUCUCCUCCUUCUCUGGGCUCUGCUCCUCUCUGCCCCGUGGCCUCCUCACCUAGAUUCACCAGCCAGACUGUCCUCUUACCUACUCUAGCUGGCGGGGAGGGUCCUGGGAGG